AUGACCGUCCUCGCCAAGACCUCCGCCGAACUGAGCUCCGAGUCCGCUCGCUCGCUCUAUGAUCAGCUCGCUACCCGUGUCAAGGAUCUCGGCUAUCUACAGGGUGUCGGAGGCCUCCUUUCCUGGGACCAGGAAGUCAUGAUGCCUCCCAAGGCUGCCGACAUUCGCGCUGAGCAGUUGAGAGUCGUGGCUGGUUUGUGCCAUGAGGCCGCAACCUCGCCUAUCCUGGGGUCCCUUCUCGAGGAGAUCCAGAAGCGCGACCUCUCCAAAGAAUUUAAUCCCUAUGAGCGCGCCAACAUCCGUCUUAUGAACAAGAGCUAUAGGGAGGAGACCGUCUUGCCCAAGGAACUCGUCCAGGAAGGUGCCGCCCUCAACUCUAAGGCUGUCAACGCCUGGGCCGAGGCUCGCAAGGAAUCAAACUACGCCAAGUUUGCACCCUUUCUGGAGCAGCACAUCAAGAUUUUGCGCCAGAAGGUCGGCUACAAGAUUCAGGGCGGUGUCUGUGAAGAGGCUCGCAAAAUCAACGAGAAGGCUCGCGCCAGCUUGGGCCUCAAGGAAGGUGACGAGUGCUACAAGGGCUACUACCAGGCCUUGCUCAACGACUACGAGUCUGGCUUCAAGGAUGAGCAGCUGCAGGGCUUGUUUGCGGACCUGAAGCAGAAUCUUGUCCCCUUGAUUGCUAAGAUUAAGGCUAAGAACUUCCAGCACGACGACAGCUUUAUCCAGGGCAAUUUUGAUGUCAAGAAGCAGGCCGAGUUCUCGCACCGCAUUGCCAAGGAGAUCGGAUUCGACACAGAUGCUGGUCGUCUCGAUGUCUCGACCCACCCCUUCACUGGCGGUCCCGAUCCUCUGGAUGUCCGCAUGACCACUCGUUACACGGUCGAUUACCUUCAGGAGGGUAUUACCGGCACUAUCCAUGAAACUGGCCACUCUUUGUACGAGCAGGGCCGUAACCAGGAGUAUGCUGGCCUCCCUGUUUCUCAGGCCUUGUCCUUGGGUGUCCACGAGUCGCAGUCUUUGCUCUGGGAGCGCAUGGUCGGUUUGAGCAAGCCUUUCUGGACCUACGCUCUUGCUCUUCUCAAGGAGCAGUUCCAGGACCCCUCCCACGAGAAUCUCCAGAGUGUGACGCCCGAGCAGUUCUACAACGCCUUCAACCAAGUUAAGCCUGGCUUCAUCCGCAUUGAGGCCGACGAGGUUACCUACCCCUUGCAUGUUAUCCUCCGCUACGAGAUCGAGAAGGCCCUGAUCGAAGGUGACAUUACCGUCGCGGAGAUCCCCAGCAUCUGGAAUGCAAAGAUGAAAGAGUACCUUGGUUUAGAUGUCACAGAAGAUCGCUUGGGAUGCUUGCAGGACACUCACUGGGCUGUCGGGCUGAUCGGCUACUUUCCCACCUAUACCUUGGGAUCGAUCUACGCGGUCCAGAUCUUCAAGGCUGCCAAGGAGGCGAUCCCCGGCUUGGAUGAGCAUCUGGUCAAGGGCGAAUUCCAUGUGUUAAAGAAGUGGUUGAACGAAAACAUUCACAAACAGGGUUCGUUGAGAGAGUCAGGAGAUGAUUUAAUCAAGGACUUGACGGGCAGAUCCUUGGACAGCAAUCUUUAUGUUGAGUACUUGACAAACAAGUACACUGCAAUCUAUGAUCUUUAA